AAUCAGCCGGCUAUAAUAACAAUAUAUAGCAAACACACACACAUUCUGGUGACUGUUGCAUAAAAUUUAGAUUGAACACUGUUACCUGGUACAAGCUACAGAAGAUGUAUCGCAGGACGGGUCUACAAUUGAUUCGCAUGGCCAUGCCACCGGCAAGACGUGGCCAAGCGAACAGCACGCAACAGCAGCAACAGACGCCACCACCACCACCACCACCAUUGCGGCCACGCGCCAACGCCCUGACGGAUGAGAUAAUCCGUGUGGAUCAUGCGGGCGAACUGGGCGCCGAUCGCAUCUAUGCCGGUCAGAUGGCCAUAUUGGGCAACGGGCCCAUGGGCAAGACCAUUGAGCAUAUGUGGGAGCAGGAGAAGGGCCAUCGCAAACAGUUCGAGCAGCUGAUCCAGCAGCAUCGUGUGCGUCCCACCAUAAUGGCGCCCAUUUGGAAUGUGGCCGCAUUUGCGCUGGGCGCCGGCACAGCGCUGCUGGGCGAAAAGGCGGCCAUGGCGUGCACUGUGGCCGUCGAGACCGUCAUUGUGGAGCACUACAAUGAUCAGCUGCGUCAGAUCAUGGAAUCACCCAAUCCGGAUAAGGAACUGCUGGCGACAAUCACAAAGUUCCGUGACGAGGAACAGGAGCAUCACGACACGGGCAUCGAUUGUGGCGCCGAACAGGCGCCCUUCUACAAGGCCAUUACCGAGGUCAUUAAAUUUGGAUGCAAGACGGCCAUAGCCAUAUCGAAAAAGAUCUAAGUUCUAGCAUCGAAAUGUUGCGUGCGUGUGUUUGUUUAGUUAUAGAA